AUGUUGCGCACAAAAUACGCAGCACUUGCUGUGACUCUUCUCGGCGCAGCUCAUGCUUCUCUCUACGCGGAGAGCCCGCUCAACCACACUUGCAUACUAGAAAUUUGCACACAAGACCCGUCCGUCCUCUCAUGUUCGCCCGGCGCCGACCCUUCCAAGGUCGACAGCUGCUGCACCGAGACGUACGGAGGCCUCGUGUUGCUCACACAGUUCUGGUCAACAUGGACGGGACUUGAAGACAAAGGCCAAAAACUGCCUGCUGAUACGUGGACGCUGCACGGCCUGUGGCCGGACUUCUGCAACGGCUCCUACACGCAAUACUGCGACCUCAAGCGUCAAUACGACCCGGUGCCAUCGCCCAACACGACCACCGGCCUCCCCAACGGCACCGUUGUACCCGUGUACACCGGCCCCACAAUCGACACGUUCCUGAAGCCCUUCGGGCGCUAUGACCUGAUCGACUGGAUGAACACGUACUGGAUCAACCAGGGCGCGCCCAACACCGAUUUUUGGGCCCAUGAAUUCAGCAAGCACGCGACCUGCUACUCCACCUUCGACGUCCCCUGCUACGGGCCCAAGUACGUCGAGCACGAGGAUGUGGUGGAUUUCUUCGAGACCACGAUCAAAUACUACAAACGCUACCCGACCUGGGAGUGGCUGAAUGAAGCGGACAUCGUGCCGAGCAAUAAGACCACUUAUUCGCUCGCGGAUAUCGAGAAUGCCUUGACGAAGAAGUCCGGUGCGAAGCCUUAUAUCGGGUGCUCGGGCCCGCGGUAUAAUACUACCGAGGCCGGGCAAGGUAAGAACGAUACGGGCAGGACCGUGGUCAGUGAGGUUUGGUAUUAUAACCAUGUAAGUGCUCUCUGCUGUUCCUUACCCGAUGAUAUCGAAGGUCUAGCACGAACUAAUCGUGGAUCCGGGCAAAAAUAG